AUGGUACUCCAUUCGCCAAUUCCCCUCGACCAGUUGAAAUUCAACACUCCCGUUCCCUACGAGCUGCACGUGGACCGGGAGCUGUUAAAAAUCACCAAGCAGAAGCUGGCUUUAGCUCGCUACCCAGAAGAGCAGUCUGAUUUUGGGGAAAACAAUUGGGCCCAAGGCGCUAAGGUGUCUCGUGUGAAACAGCUUGCGGAAUACUGGCAGAAUAAGUACGACUGGGAUACACAAGAGAGAAUCCUGAACGAUGCUUUCAACCACUUCAUUGUGAAGCUUAAUGUUCCAGGAUAUGGUACACUCGUACUUCACUAUACUCACACGCGCGCCUCCAGGAGCAAAUCAAUCCCUCUCCUAUUCUCCCACGGCUGGCCAGGAUCAUUUGUUGAGGCACGCCGGGUUGUUGAGCCAUUGAGCAACCCAAAGGACGCCAAAGACCCAGCUUUCCAUGUUGUUGCCCCCUCUAUACCCGGGUUUGGCUUUUCUCCUGCGCCUACAAAAUCUGGAGUUGGACCGAAUAUUGUCGCGCGCGCCUACAAAAUCCUGAUGACAGAAGUCUUGGGCUAUACAAAAUUUGUCACGCAAGGAGGAGACUUUGGAUCGUUCAUCACCCGCUCUUUGGCUAUACAAUAUCCCGAUCAAGUCCGGGCUCAACAUCUAAACAUGUUCCCAGUGCCUCCGCCAACUCUCUUCUCCGCUCCCUUCGCGUAUAUCCGUUGGUGCUUUUCGGUAUUUACAUACUCGGCAUUUGAGCACAAGGCACUACAGGUUCGGUGGAACUUUGAGCAAGAUCAGAGUGGUUAUCUCGAGCAGCAAAAGACCAGACCUCAAACUCUUGGAUUUGCUCUAGGUGACUCGCCGAUCGGAUUGCUUGCCUGGUUUGUGGAGAAGAUUCACGAUUGGGCCGAUGUUUACGAUGCAUUUAGUGACGAUGACAUGAUCACAUUGGUUAUGAUGCACUGGAUACAGGGUGCGACUCCUGGUCUGCGCUUCUAUUGGGAGGCGUUUGGUCGUGGCAUGCACGAGGCUGAAAAAACGUUCGAGACGUAUGUGUCGGCUCCCACUGGCGUCAGCAUGUAUGCAAAGGAGCAACUCCACUGCCCACGGGACUGGGCUAAUCAGGCUGCCAACAUUCAAUUUUGGCGGGAGUACGAGAAGGGUGGUCAUUUCUCGUCCUUGGAGCGCCCUGAUUUGUUCGUGAAAGAUGUUCGAGAUUUCUUCUCGUCAAAGGCUGUUCUCGACUCGUGG